CCCCCCCCCCGCUCGCGCUCCCGCUCCCGCCCCGACUGUCCCCUCCUUUCCCCUUGGCACCAUCCUCCUGCUCCUGCCCCCUGCGCCUGUCUCCCAGAAUGGCCUCCAUUGCUACCACCUGCGACAAGUCGCUUGUUGUUUCGGCUUCGCGCGCUGGCCUGACCGCGGUCGCGGACUUCCUUCGUCGGUCCGAGGAGCCGGCCCAGCGCAUCGCCGCUGUCAUUGUCAACCAGCCCAUCGAUGAGGCCGACGAGGCCCCCACCCCCAGCCAGUGGCAGGAGUUUGGCUCGCUCAUCUCGCAGCUCCGCCCGGAGCUCUUGAACUUCGAGGGCGUUCCCAUCAGCCGCCCUUGCUCGGAGGCCAUCGCGGCCAUCAUCCGCGCGGAUGCCCUCAACUCCAAGGCCUACCUGGAGUCCCUUUCCGUGUCCUCGAUCUACAGCACUGACUCGCGUCUCUCGGCCCAGGCCCAGCGCCGUCUGCGCUUCCUGACUCUCAGUGAUUGCUCCCUCGCCGACCCGGAGCUGUGCACCAUUGCCGAGCCCCUGGUGUCUGCCGCCAACGAUGGCCUCUCCAGCCUGUCGAUCCUCAACCUGUCCAACAACCAGAUCGGCGACCAGGGCGCCGUGUCCAUCGCUGACCUGAUCGCCAAGAGUGGCGUCCUCCAGUCGGUGGUCCUGACCUUCAAUUCCAUCGAGAACGCCGGUGUCCUGGCGAUUGCCGAGUCCCUGAAGAACUACUCCUCCGGCCUGACCAUGCUCUCGAUCAACUACAACCAGUACAACGACGAGGCUGCUGCCGCUCUGGUUGAUGCUCUCGGCCCCGCUGGUAACCUUCAUCUCCGGAUGCUCAAUGCCACCUAUGAUGACUAUGAUCUGGCUGAUCGCGCUGCCAAGACCCUCGCCCAGAAUGAGAAGCUGGCCAAGUACCGCCACUGGAUGGUCAAGGCCCUGCUCGGCGAGCCGGCCCCGGAGCCGACCGCCAAGCGCCCCGACCCGCAGCCCACCCCGCCGGCCGGCAUUGUGCCUGGCUCGGCGAUGGCCAAGCUGAGCCCCCACCUGCGCGACAUGUUUGCUGCCAUGGUGGCCCCCUCGGCCGGGUCGAUUUUCGAGGCAAACCCCGCGGCCGCCGGCAUCCGCCAGUCCGAGAUGCGUCUGGAGCGUCUGAGCGCCCUUCAGAGCGCCAUGUAGGCCAGCUCCUGUGCUCGUCUGCCGCCCGUCGGCAGAUGCAUCCACACUUCCGGGCAUUUCUCACACCUCACCCCUUCCCUCCUCCUGUCUUCGCCCGCGAGAAAUGGCCAUUGUCACCCAGACGAAAAUGCAAAACGAAUCCCUA